UGAAGGAGGGGCAGGGGCAGGGCUUAUAAAUAUAGGACAACAGGCCUUGAAGUGUUCAUUUUCAGAGAAGUGCUUCCUUCAAAAGGGGUUGAGCAGACAAAGAAAUAAAAAGAAAGAGAGGAAAAAAGACAAGACAAGCAGCGUACGCAAUUUUUCAACCGCUAGUCUCCACAACAGUUUCCCCAUUGUCAUCGUCACACUGCUGCUCCAUUCCGAGGUGAUGAAAAGUUGUUACCUGACAGCUGGGUCACCAAGGUUACUUUGCGGGCCUGCCGAGUGACGUUUGCUGAGGUUGCUACGAACUUUGACAUCAGUCUUCUCGCACAGAGCAACGCCCUGCCUCUGCAGUCCACGCAAACAACACUUGGACAGCGAACUUUGCAAAUCCUCGAGAGCAAAGCCUCCAGACAACAAUGGGCCACUUCACAUCCAGCUCUUUCUGCUUUGUUUUGUUGGUGUCGCUGGCCGCCGUCAUGUCUGUGAUCAUCGGGAAUGCAGAUGCGGCGACGACAGCAUUGGGGGUGCAGUGUACAGCAGGGUCACAGUGCGACAGAAGGAGCCACUGCGUCAAGAGGAGCCCAUCUGACGACCAUGGCUACUGCGAACGUUUUCUCAGAAGUGGCGAAGUGUGCUCACAACUAUAUUACACGAUGACGAAGCCGGAGGGGAUGGUGAACUAUAGACUGUGUGGACCAGGACUCAUGUGUCAGAUCAUGCACCACCGGGACAACCCUGAUUUGAUGGAGUGCACGAGCGUGACGCGAUGAUCAUCCACCGCAAGGAGGCGCUGUCACAGCCCCGCAGCAUCAGCUGACCCCUCAUCUCUUCCAGCUACACAAUUUAUCACUAAUACCGCAGAAAUCUUUUGUUGGGACAACUAAUACGUAUUCUAGAAACUCUUUAUAUACAUCGCAAAACAUUUUUAGCGAGUGAAAAAUGCUGUGAAAACAUAGGAAAUACGGAAAUCGAAAACUUUUCUGGCAGAUAAUUAUUUUUAACAUUUUAUUGCUGUGGAGUUGUUUUUAUUUAGUCUUGAAUUACUAACUACAUUGUUAGCAUCCAUGGGGUAAAAUACUAAAUACCCUUGUACAUUGUGAAUACAAUAGUACGUUUUGUGAUGUAGUUUCUAAAUAUUAAAAUAACUCACUGAUGUGUGAUAAGGAAGUCUCUAAGUAUUAAAAUAACUCACUAAUGUGAUUUGAAUCAGUAUCUAAAUACUAAAAUAACUCACUGAUGUGUUAUAAGGAAGUCUCUAAAUAUUAAAAUAACUCACUAAUGUGAUUUGAAUCAGUAUCUAAAUACUAAAAUAACUCACUGAUGUGUUUUGAUGUAGUCUCUAAAACUUCAAAUUACUUACUGUGUAAAUUACCGUUCUAAAACUACAGCUAAUAGUCAGAUGCCUAUUAAAAUACUGGAAAUAAAAUUAAGGCUCACA